GUACUGGUGCCACGUGCGGCACGAAAAUUUAUUUUACAUAUUUAGGUUUUGGUGGUGGCUUGCUGGUAGUAGAUUGUUUUCUCAGUCGAGUUCCAGCAAGCAUUCGACACAGUCUACGGCGAAGUCCUAAGCUUAGCGUGAUACACAGUCACAACUACUUACCAGUAUCCAAGAGAUCGUCAUGGCAACCAGCACAAUAAACUUGGAAAACGCGAGUGUAGAGGAAACGCGGGAGUUUUUAGAUUCAUUCGACAUCGUUUUAUCGGAUUGCGAUGGUGUCCUUUGGUAUCUUGACAAACCGAUCCCUGGCUCAGCGCAUACGCUUCGUAAACUACGGGACCUAGGCAAGCAGCUGUAUCUAUUAAGUAACAACAGUACCAUAACCAUAGACGAAUUCUGCAAGCGUCUGGAUUUACACGGACUAGAUAUCAAAGCGAAAGAAGUAAUAAACACCGCGAAAACCAUUAGCUGGUAUCUGAAGAAGGUUCAGUUCACGGGCGAAGCUUUCGUGAUUGCAACGACACAAUUCCGACAAAUUUUAAUCGACGAUGGAUUUAAACUCGUACCACAGGAAAAAACUCAGAUCGUAGAGCAUAAACGAUACGAAGGACUAAAGGGUAUCGAGGAUGAUCCAGCUAUUAAAGCAGUGAUCGUCGAUUUCUGUUCUUCCUGUGAUUGGACAAAAUUAGCAUUAGCCAUUUCUUGCUUGAAUAGAAAAGAUGUUCUUUACAUAUGCGGUUGUAGAGAGGAGUGGCUCGUUUAUCGUGGCGAUAAGAGAAUUUUAGGUUCUGGUCCCUUGAUCGAUCUAAUUAGCAAACAGAGCGGAAGAACACCAUUAGAAUUUGCCAAGCCUAGUGAAAAUCUAAAAGAUUAUGUUUUUGAUACGUGCAACGUGAAAGAUCCAAGCAGAUGUUUAAUCAUCGGCGACUCGAUAAACACAGACAUGAAAUUCGGUGCUAUGUGUGGAUUUAAAAAAUUGUUCGUCAACACGGGCACGGACAAAAUAAACGAAGCGGCGAUGGACGACGAGUGCUGCCCAGAUUUCUAUAUUCCGAGUCUAGCGUUGUUAAACCCCCUUAUCGAUUCGCUGCAAAACGAAUCGGCAAACUAGAAAAGUCGUGUUUCUCCUGUUUUCACUUGCCCAGUGGUAGGCUUUACAAACUGAUAUGUAACACGCCAAAUUUAUUUUCGUUAUUAAUGACAGAAUUGUUCAAGAUUUUUUGCUCAACUUUACAACUUCUCAUUUGUCAUCGAUUUUUAGUCGCUUUAGACGAUAAUAUUAAUAUCUGCGAAUGUAUAAGGAAUAACUGUAAAUACGAUACUAAUAACCAAUGAAACGAGAUUUUAUUUAAUCAGUUCAAUUUGCAUUUCUGCCGAGAACUACCGACAAGGCGAAGGUUAAAUGAAAUAUGCUAACUCUUAUCAAAACCUCACUCAUAUCGCGCUUGUUCGUAACCGAGAUAGAAAGAACAUUUCCGAUGUGUAUAUUAUUCAGCGAAAAUUGAUGGCACGUUCGUGUAUCUCUAUCUUCAAAUUAGUAUCAUUAUCGUAAUUGCUGUAUUAGGUCACAUAUUUAGAAACUGAAGCUCCGCGGAAUUUCUAUAUUAACAGUUCCAGACGUGAAACACUUGACGUGAAAUUAUAUCAUGUAUAAGACCAAUUAAAAUGAAUUGAAAUUAGAAAAUUAGCAUAUUACCAAAUACAAGUAGCAAUUAUUUUCUUAUUGUUAA